AUGAGUAGCUUAAAGAUUUCAUCAGCUGACCUCCAUCGCCUAUAUGAAAACUCGCCCAAUGAAUGCGAGCGAACAAAAGGCUGACACGUGACAGUAACGGCCUUCUGUCCUUGCCUUCCCUCUCCGCCGGUUGAUGUGACUGAGGAGACGGCCGUAAAUGAGCUGAACAGUCGAACCACAGACAUCCGUGAUUCAACAUCAGCUGGCAUCUUCCCGAGGUCCGAAUCGGAGGGGACAGCAGUUGACGCUGUCCACUCUACCUCUAAGAACAAGGCGACGGCACGCAAAGAGGCCCCCUCUGAUCCAACCAUUGAUCGUAUGAUCAAUGGUCAGAAUCAACUGGCUAUAAAGGCCUCAGCAGACAUUACCGAGGCACUGCCCUCGGAUGGUGACAGGCGCAACGGCCAACUUGAUCCAACCGUUGAUCUUGAGAUCAAUGGAGGGGAUCACGUGGCCAUAAAGGAGCCACAACCUUUUGCGGUCGCCGAUGCCUUGGCUGUGACGCUACUGACGUCAUCAAUGGUCAGACACUGUGGACGUUCGCAUCACACAGAACCCUGCACCAUCACGUUCCGAGCCCAGCUCAGCUGGCACUGUACAGGCACGGCCCAUGUGA